GACGGUGAGCCGCUGAGUAAAGGGGCAGAGCCGCCGUCUCUCUGCUACAAUUUUCAGCUUUUCUACUUAGUUGACAGUGUCUCAGGUUGAAGAGUGGCUCAGUGGGGACAUUUGGGACUCUCGGUCUGGACAACAUUAACUACACCUAUAACAAGUGGAUUUAGCCUUUGGGGAGCACAGAGGAGGUUUGGAGGAUGAACCCCCAGUGUGCCCGCUGUGGGAAGAUCGUCUACCCGACGGAGAAAGUCAGCUGCCUGGAUAAGAACUGGCAUAAAGGAUGUUUCCACUGCGAGGUUUGCAAGAUGACCCUGAACAUGAAGAACUACAAAGGUUACGACAAGAAACCCUACUGCAAUGCACAUUACCCCAAGACGUCGUUCACCAUCGUGGCCGACACACCAGAAAACCUGAGACUGAGACAGCAGAGUGAGCUACAGAGCCAGGUGAAGUAUAAGAAGGACUUUGAGGAGAGUAAAGGUCGAGGAUUCAGCAUUGUGUCGGACACUCCAGAGAUGCAAAGACUCAGAAAGACUCAGGAGCAGAUCAGUAUCGUAUGUUCACACACACACACACACACACACACACACACACACACACACACACACACACAGAUAUACAUCAUUCAUUGUUUUUCCUGGUGUGUGUAUAAUGUGAAAUGUGUGAGUGAAGUGAGGGGUGCACUUUGGUCAGUGAGCACAAUCGCACACACACAAACACACACAAAAUGUCUACAUCAUCAAGCCCUCCAGUGUUGACGACAUCAGCUGUUUGAAGAUGAGCUUCCUUUGGAACCAGUGAGUGUAAGUGACUGUGAUUUAUUUUUUUAUUUACUUAUUUAUUUUAAGGACAAGUCAAGCUGUC